AUGUACUUUACAGCCCUGGCGCAGCACUCGUCCCAGCGUAUCAUUGUCGGAGCCGACCCGACGGACCUGCAAUUCUUCUGCGCUCACGCCUCCCUGAGCCCCCGAGAGAUGAAGGAUGAGGGGCUGACAGCACGUCAAUCCGCUGCGUCCAGCCUGCCGUUGGCUGCCGGUGCCCAGGCAUACCCUUGCCACGACUGA